UACAAAAAUAUUUUUUGUUUUAUGUGUAAUCCUCCUGAUAAAAACAAUGACGUCAUAUCAACAUGCAACGUCACUGGUUUAUGGGAUAUUCACGUGGAACGCUUGAAACGAGCAUGCGAGUUGCAUGCCAUGUCACACAAUGCUGCUCCAUACAAAAAUGUAUUUUGUUUGCUUUGCAAUAGAAAUAACAGUCACUCAUCCCAGUACUUCGAUGUGUAUAUAGACUGGAUGUCAGAAAACAUGUUCGCACAAGAUCAGAAAUUGACGUUUGUAUAUUCAUUUUCAUUGAAGUCAUACAAUCUCGAAUUUUACAACACAAUUAUCGAAUCUACAAAACAGGAAAUAUUCAAGAGGGAGGACCCUAUUUGGGAUAAGGCUCGGUCUGUGAAUAUAUCUAAGCUAUUACUUUACGACUUCAGCGUGACAGGGUACUACAGAUACUGUCGCAAACACUUGGUGCCGUACGCUGUUGGGAAAUACCCAUGUUCGUGCAACCCCCUUUGCUUUUUCGAUGAUGCCUUGGAAUGUUGUCUUGACCUGGUUCUUGAAUAUCCGAUAUCCUGCCAGAGACCUUCGCUGUCAACAGAAGGACCAAGUAAUUAUUUAAUUGAUGGCUGUUUUCAGUCUUCAUGGCCUGAGGCCAUUCAAUCUAGAUGCCGAUUUUCUGAUAACGAUAUAUUUUCUUCCAUGCCAAUUGUAGGAGAAAACAACAUGCUUUAUAAAAAUUUUGACUGCUUUCUGUGUAAUCAAGACAUAUUAAUUCCUCAACUAAACUUAUCAAAAAUCAUGUCAUAUGACAAUUAUCUUCCUUGGUCCAUUGACAUGCAGUGCGAGGGAGACCUGAAUUUACUGUUUCACGCCACGUUUAACGGCGUUAUUGAUGCUACGAAACGAAACAGAUGCAUUACGAGGGUAUUAUCUACAAAGGUUAAACAAGGUCAAUCGUGUAAGCAGGAUGCAUUCGGAUUUUUCUCACCAAUUAAAAUCCAUAACAAACAAUGUAACAGUACAGGCUACUGGGAAGAAUUCGACCAAGAUAUCAGAUGGGCGUGCGAGAAUUCCUCCCUUGAAAAUCAGUACGAUUUCCACCGAAAUACGUUUUGCUUUAUAUGCAAUCCAUCGUCAGAAACUAAUACAACAACUUUAAUCCAAAACUGUCAGAGCACUGAUAAUAAAUUUUAUGGUGCUGCAAUAGUCCGUGCAUGCCGAGAAGCACCGGAAGUUAGCAGCAUGUUCCCUGCAAAGAACAUUUUCUGUCAAUAUUGUAACAUAAAUGACACAAAGAUCCCGCUGCCGUGGCCUAUCAUGUUUCAAAUGCAUACCUACUUCAGCAAAGACGUAAACUUUAAACCUGAGGUGUCUUCGCCCGUUUUACAGGACCUGUUCCGUCCAUUUGUAAACAAAUUAAGAAGGAGCGAGCCAGAUACAAACGGGACCCACGUGUUUGAUCCAAUAACAACUCGACCUCGUCUGCUGACUUGCUACCCAGGUAAGAUCAUCGAUGGGACUCAGUGCGUUCCCCUUUUACGUACUACUACCAAUCUGAAGUAUAUUAUGACGCUAUCACUGGAAGGAACCCUUGAUUAUUUCGAACAGACUGUAAAAUUGCUAACUAUCAUCAAAAAGAAAAUUUUGUCUGAAAUGAAAACCAAAUUAGCAAUAAGGAUGUUAUUUAUACAGUCAUUCCAUAUCACGUCUAAUGUAUCAUGUGAAAUUGGUAACGUAACAACACCUAUAACUCACCAUCUACUGAUUCAGACAACUUUCUCUAUAUUGGAAGUUGUCGAGAGGUUAGCUACAGAACAAAUAUUGUUAAACAUGACAAGAGAAAAUUUGGUUAUAUCGAAUGUUACGUUUAGAUCUAGACCUGCAAAUGAGGCGUAUUUUCUACCGUCUGCUCCUAGUUCCAACUUUGACGAUUACUGUGUUAAAAAUUUCAUCUUCCUUAAUAAGGUGUGGACAACUUUGCCCUCCGUCCGGACAGCCCUCGUGUCUGAUGUUAUGCUUUGCCGCCAGGUGGUACUACGUAAUCACGAAUACAGUAUAAAACAUGACACACUCGAACUCUCUGUGAAAUACAGUUCCAGGAAGUUCACUCGAGACCGUUAUCUGCGCAUGCCCGACAGUAACGCACAGCUUUGCUUAGAUGACUAUCUCGGCUUCAUAAACGAAUACAUGGCCAAUACCGAGAACGACCCUGUUAGAAAUGCCCUGUCUGUUACAACGUUAGUCUGUACCUCAGUCUCUCUCACCUGUCUGUUUCUAACAUUUGGCACGUAUUUGUUAUUUCGGGCCAUGCGCUCUGUCCCAGGAGUUAACAACAUGAGUCUUGUUUUUGCGAUGUUUUUCUCGCAGGGACUAUUCCAAUUUGGUUUCGAGGAAACGUCUGUUCCGUCCUUAUGUUUGUCUAUAGGAGUAAUUACUCACUAUUUCUGGCUAGCCACGUUCACAUGCAUGAAUGUUUGUUCCUUUCAUAUGUACAGUGUGUUUGCUGUAAAUACAUUGACGGGAAGAUCCAGCAACACCCGAAAACAGAUAGCGCUAUACCUAUCAUACUCAUAUGGGAUACCGCUGGUAGUUGUUGCCGGUAACAUUAUCACUUCGUAUUGUGUUUCCUUUUCUGAUGACGUAAUUUCCGGUGUGACAGAUAUAGGAUAUGGCGGUGGCGUUUGUUUCAUUUCUAACAACAUUUCAUUUUACGCCACGUUCCUUGCACCAGUUGUAUUGAUUUGCAUCAUUAACAUGUUUAUGUUUGUUAGAGUGGCUAUAAAAAUAAAAAACACACCAAAAGUAGAGAGCACUAAGGACCACAGGCUCGAUUUUGUGAUUUACAUCAAAUUAUUUACAAUCACUGGCCUAACCUGGAUCCUCGUCAUCAUAGACACGUUCCUCCCAUUGUCAGUUUUUAGCUUCAUUGUAACGAUCCUGACUGGUUGUCAAGGUUUGCUAAUAUUUUUCAGUUUUGUUUGGAAUCAAAGAGUGUUUCGCCUCUAUCGAUCACUUUUCUGUAAGACUAAACAUAAACAAAGGCCUUCUACAAAGUAUUCAUCGCGAUCUCAAGAGACUGUGGCAAGUUCAAUGUAA